CUGGGGGUUGGAGUGGGGUGGUUAAAGCAAUGGUGGGGGAGGGACAUAAAGGAUGGAAGGAAGCAAAGAAAUAUUGGUGGGGAGGGAAGGAGUACUGGUAAAGGAUUUAAGUUUUAUUAAAGCAGUUGUCUUCAACAUGAAUAGUAAAGCUCAAGCCUGGUUUGUAUUCACCUGAUCAGAGUCAUAGGUUGGGGUCCGUUCCGUGGAAUUUAACCCCUUUACCACAAGCUGGCUCUCCCUUCUCCCCAAAUUCUUGAAGACGGUAGAUCCGUAGUUUCUGCCCCUAAACCCUCUCAGUAGAUUUGGUUCUUUGGGGAUGAAGCGGAGGAGGGGGGAAAGUAGAAGGACCCCGCACCCCUUUUCUUACCCUGUGAAAGAGGAGUCGUCAAACAUCCUGCAUUUCAUUGGCAAAAUCAAAAUCCAUCCUUAGAGAGAAGAGGAUUAAUGGAGGCAUUUGCGAGACGAAAAACGUGAACAGGCUUAAAGUAUGGCAUGUUGCAAAGAUGGUUUCUACCAAGAAGGAGCCAGGAACCACGAUGUCCUCCGGGGUCAGUUUUACCCUCUUGCACUUCCUGUGCCUGGCGGCUUGUUUAAACGAACCCCCAGGAGAUAUCAUAAAGGAGGAGAAAUUGCGUCCAGAGAAUUUCACUCUCAUCCUGGACAGUUUACUCGAUGGUUAUGACAACAGACUGCGUCCUGGAUUUGGGGGUCCUGUUACAGAAGUGAAAACUGACAUAUAUGUCACCAGCUUUGGGCCUGUUUCUGAUGUGGAAAUGGAAUACACAAUGGAUGUCUUCUUUCGGCAAACAUGGAUUGACAAAAGACUGAAAUAUGAUGGCCCCAUUGAAAUUUUAAGGCUGAACAAUAUGAUGGUAACUAAAGUGUGGACACCUGAUACUUUCUUCAGGAAUGGGAAAAAAUCUGUCUCCCAUAAUAUGACAGCCCCAAACAAGCUCUUUAGAAUUAUGAGAAAUGGCACCAUUUUAUACACAAUGAGGCUUACCAUAAGUGCAGAGUGCCCCAUGAGAUUAGUGGAUUUCCCCAUGGAUGGUCAUGCAUGUCCCUUGAAAUUUGGGAGUUAUGCUUACCCAAAGAGUGAGAUGAUCUAUACCUGGACAAAAGGUCCUGAGAAGUCUGUGGAAGUUCCAAAAGAGUCUUCCAGUUUAGUUCAGUAUGACCUGGUUGGGCAAACAGUCAGUGAAACCAUCAAAUCUAUUACAGGUGAAUACAUUGUUAUGACAGUUUACUUUCAUCUCAGAAGGAAAAUGGGUUAUUUCAUGAUUCAGACAUAUAUCCCAUGCAUCAUGACUGUGAUUCUUUCUCAAGUUUCUUUCUGGAUAAAUAAAGAAUCUGUUCCAGCUAGAACUGUGUUUGGAAUAACUACUGUUCUGACAAUGACAACUCUGAGCAUCAGUGCCAGACAUUCCUUGCCAAAAGUGUCCUAUGCCACUGCCAUGGAUUGGUUCAUAGCUGUGUGCUUUGCCUUUGUGUUCUCUGCUCUCAUCGAGUUUGCUGCGGUCAACUAUUUUACUAAUGUCCAAAUGGAAAAAGCCAAAAGGAAGCCAUCAAAAUCUCAGCAGGAACUUUCUGCCCCUUCAGUUCAGAAAGAAAAGUGUUCUGAUGAACCACUUCAGAAUACAGAUGCCAAUUCAAAUGUGAGAAAAAGAACCAAUGUACCAGUUCAAUCUGAUGCUGAUGUUGGCAACAGGACCGAGACCGGAAACGCGUCAAUGGGGAGUUCUGCAGAAGCUCAGGGGCCUUCUGGCACCACACCACAAUCCUAUCUGGCUUCCAGUCCCAACCCAUUCAGUCGGGCAAAUGCAGCUGAGACAAUCUCUGCUGCUCGAGCACCUCCUCGAGCACCUCCAUCCACUCCUAUUUUAACUGGGUAUGUGUCCCAGCUGGUCUCCACUGUCUCUCCAGCGAGGCGUCAUCUCUUUGGAUCGAGACUGAAACAGAUCCAAACCAAGGUCAAUACUUUUGGAUCUUCUGGAAAAUCGUCGGCUGUCACGCCUCCCCCUGCGCCCCCACCUUUAGGCUCUGGCACGAGUAAAAUAGACAAAUAUGCCCGGAUUCUCUUCCCUGUCACAUUUGGAGCAUUUAACAUGGUCUACUGGGUAGUCUACUUAUCUAAGGACCCUAUGAAGAAAUCAGAAAGUUUAAUGUAGUGGUGUUUUUGUUUUGUUUUGUUUUGUUUUUUGCUGCUAUGUAGUAGUUUCCUUAACAAUAAUGCACUUAGUGCAGGGUACCUUUUAAACUUUUUUUUUAAAGCAAAACCAAUCCUUUCUCCUGAAAUCAAAGCUUUGUAUAUGUUCUUUAAUGUUAUAUAUGUAUAUAUAUAUACAUAUAUAUAUAUAUUUAUGCAUAUGUCAUAUAUAUGUAUGUGUCAAUUACCAAGAGAAUGAACUCAGUUAAAAAAUAAUAAUUUCUUCCCCUCCCCAAAAUGGCAAUAUAAAUAGAAGAAACUUACAUUAAAUUUAGAAGAAAAUCAGAACUUAUUUGUCCAGAAGCCCCCAUGGGGAAGUUUGGACAAGGGGCACUGGGCUGUUGUGGUUCACUGAAAUUUGAAAAUGGGCAUUGGCAUUUUAGAAAUAUUCGUAGUGAAUAUCAACAGCUUCCUGAGUUUCUAGUGGCACUCCCCUUAACCAGAAAUGUAUAUGUGAUAUCACAUGCAAUGACCUUUCAGAAUCUUCUUAGUGCCUGUGAAAAAAGGAUUUCUCCUAUUAGACCAAUGAAGGGGAAAAAAAAAUACUGAGCAGCUGAAGCAAAUUCCCAAUGCAUUGAUGAAGCAGUGCAUAUGGUAGAAAAACAACGUUUACUACUCAUUUGGAGCAGCCGUGACCUGAUUGCACCAGCCAGGAAAAUUCUUGUUUUGGUGCUCCAGUGAAUCUACAGUCUCAUCAAUGUGGGUAUUUCCUCCACUGAUGUAGAUCCCAGCCCAUCCAUACCUGCCAUGAAUAAAAAUAUAGCACAUUUGUAAGGAAAAUCAUUUCUUCUAAAAAGAGCACACCUUUAAACUCAUACAGGCAAUGAAUGUAUUGCCCUAUCACCAUCUUACUACAAUUAGCAUGAAGAAUUGAUUUCUAAGAAGAGAAAUACUUGAAUUUUCCAAAUGAAGUAAAUGUCCUUACUAUAGCAUGACUUUAGCAUCUGGUUCCCCCACAGUUGAAUUCUCAGGUAGUAAUCGAGUAUAUCUCUUUUUAAUCAGUGUGGGUAACUGCCAGGAUGGAAGUUCUUUCCACCAAUCGUCUACAAGUAGAUCCAACGUGGUUUCAUAGACAGCUAUCUGGGAGCACAGAGAAGUUACGUGACUUUCCCAUGACAGCUAGGAUGUGUCAGAAACAGAACUUAUAUCCUGGGAUUUCUGAUUCCAAGGUUCCAUUUACAAUGCCACACUGACUCUUUCUAGAAGAUAAACUGAUUUUAGACUGUGCAGAUGUUAAGAUGACAUAAAUACGGGAGUAGCUUUUGCAGUUGGCACCUAAAAAAUAACAAAACAUGGAAAGAUAGAUUGCCCUGGGUUGCACUAUUGGUAUAAAUGUACCACAUACUGUAGUGAUACUGAAUGUCAGAUCUGGAUACUAUGACACUUGAAAAAUCAUAUGCACUCAGUCAAAUUUUUCUUUGCACCCAAGGCCUUAUACAAGGUGACUGAAUUUUGUGAGGUGUGAGCUAAUAGAAAGACAGGGCUAAAAUAUGUAAUAAGUCACAUGUUUCAGGGCCUUCUCUUGGGUCCACUUCCUUACAUGGGUUGGCAAAAGCUAGUAAGAGUCCUGACAGAAGUCUGUACUCUUGGAGAGAUUUGAUAAUUUUGAUGAUGUCUUUGAACUUACAAAAUCCUGAAGGAAUGUGGGCAAAAUAGCAAUUCAAAGGCAUUGGGUAGGAUUUAAUUUACUCAUUUAGGAAGUUUUAAAAAAUUUUUAGCAGAGAAACCUUUUUCCUUUUUAGAAGGUAGACUUGACAACUUAGAAUAAUGUCUCCCAUAUGAAUCAUGGGGCUUAGUCCAUGCCUGGCUUUGUACCUCUUUGCUACUCUCCUCUUCUCUCCUAUGAAAUCACUCAAAAGCAUGGGAACAGAGUUUUCCUCAAAGUAUAUAGGAAUGUUCUGCUGGUAGGAACCUCCACAAAAUUAGAUUGGUAAUUUCUUGGCCCAAAAGCCACUGCCGUUGCCUUUUCAAGUCUUACUUAUAACUUGUACUUCAAGGAGAUCUUAAUUUUGGACCAUUACUGAAAAGGACAAAUAUAGAACAUCUACUAUGUAAGGGAGUCAGAAUGAUGGAACAUUUAUCCUGGAACACUUUUCUAGGUGAUGUAUAGCUGGGAUAACUAGAGAAAUGUGAAUUACAGGUUUUUCAUCCAACGUUAUUCACAACAGCACACAAUAAAUGAUCAAAUAAUA